UUCCUGUUUCCUUUCUCAUAUGGAUUGCAUCUAACAUAAGUCAUAGAACCCCAUCCAGGUUGCUAUCGUUUAGGAGAAAUGUCGUCGAUGAUUACCGCUGACACUCUCCGGCGUUGCACAUUGCAUCAACUCCCCGUUGAGCUUGUCGUACAUAUCAUGAAGGCAUCGCCUAGCCUGUCGGCACUAUGGAGCUUCAUCAACACCAGCGCCCGCUUGGCUACUAUCUUCGAUGGCUGUGCUCUUGAAGUUACUGAGAACGUUCUGCGAUGCACUGUUCCUGAACAGACUCAGGUUUUGCUCUACGCUGUGUUUCAACUUCGCUUGUCUCUUCAUCCGCCCAGUUUGCAUGCCGCCAGGGAAUUGCGUGAGGUGAACCUCAGCAGCCUCCAGGAUCGUCUCCUAGCUACACCAAUCACCACGUCGGAAAUUCCACGAAGCUUUGUUUUUCUGGCUCAUAAGAUACAUGUCCUGGCCCACGAAUGUAUCGAGCACUAUAUCAGGGUUUGCAUGACAAUGAAUCCUUCUUGCCUAGACGACCCAACAUUCAAGGGCUAUUGGUACUUAAAGCUGAGACAACCCAAAGGCCGGCUCUACCAGCCUAAGGACUCUGGUCCCCCCUCAUGGGCUGAGGAACAGCUUGUUCUAUUGAACAUGUGGCGACUGCAAUAUUACUUUGAUAUGAAAGCAGCGUGUGAUGUCGGCCAACUUGGAUGGUCUACAGCCGAUCAAGAAGAGCUAAAAUCAUUGGAUCUUCCCGAGUUUUACCACAUGAGUCCUGCUGGGUCCGGGCAUUACAUAACCGAGCAACUCAUGACAGUUUACGCGUACGUGCACGGAGUUCGAACCCCUGAACAGGAUGCGACGCUUCCACUUCGCUUACCAUCGCCAAAUACACGUAGUCGAUUCGACCUCGGGUGUUUCCCUGAGCCAAAGCGAAACCAGCCAGACGGGAAAGCACUUAUAAUCGAUUUCAGACCAGACAGCUGGAUAUUUGCGUGGAUGAUGUCCCGUAAUCUCAAAACCUCGCCGUUAUGCGGCUUUGGUCCACAACACUUCCGGAGGUUCGGUUUCACCCUCUGGGAAGAUAGCCGAAUGACUGAUUUGGGUCUUCUUCCACCUCGGAGCCACUUCUUUUCUUACGAGUAUUACUUCAAAUGGCGCAGCAUCCUAAGUGAUGAAGAGUGCGACCCGGCCAAUAGAGAUAACUGGUGACAGCUAAGUAGAAUUUGAAGGAGGAAAACAUGAUUGGCAGCAAACUAGAUAGGGUACAAUGAAUUCUUGAUUAUACUA